CUCUUCUUUCUGAAUAAAGAGCAGUUAUGGCUGAAUUUUCGGCUAGUACUAGUCCACCCCCAACUACUACGGUCAAAUUGGCUGCCAAAUAUGUCUCUUACGCACACACCCUUUUUGCCUACAGCGCCUUCUUUAUAGCUUUGGCUGUAGGUUGCUAUACACAUUACUACAAGAUUGUUCAAAACGAACACUUUGGUUAUCCUCAGGAAUGGUUUCCUAGUGUGAGUGCGACAACGGGUGAUCGUUAUCCGGCCCGUGCGAUCUUUCAAAUAUUCAUUGCUUUGACUUCCGGUCCUCGGUUUGCCCUGGUCUUCCUGUGGUACAUUUUUACUACCCGCUCAGUAAGAACAAGCACAGAAGGCUUUGGCAAGUUCUUGUUGGCAGUCGGUAUCAUUAGAACCGUGGCCUGUGGCGGUUGGGUUUAUAUUACUUCUACCGACGAUCACCUCACACACGACGUCACUAUGAUCCUCUACCUACUUCUCACUCUUCCAUGGCAACUUGGUGUGCUCAAGACAAGUACUCGUAACCCUACUGCCCUCAAAUGGCGUCGUUGGUUGACAUUUGCAUUCUUUGCGACCAUACCCCCAAUGAUCUAUUUCUUCCUCCAGCACAAGGUUCACAAGAUUCCCGGAGCAUAUACAACAUACGCCUUUUUUGAGUGGUCUCUUAUUAUCUAUGAUGUCGCCUUUGAUGCCGUGUCAGCAAUUGAUUUCCAGAACUUUGAGCUAUCCAUUGUAGAUCUCACAGGAAAGGCAGCCCCUGUACGCAAGGAAGGUGUCUUCCAAGUUUGCAAAAAAAGAAAGGUGUGUAGAGUACAUAGUGACAAUAGCCAGAAGUUGAAACUCAUCUGGGCUUUGUGUGUGUGUGUGUAUGUGUGUGUGCCAUUUGUGUUCUGGUCCAUGUUGACCUCUCUUGCUCUCCUGAUUUGGUAUUUCCCCCUCUGGCAUAUGGGAAUCUCAGGUUACGAAGCCUUUUUAUUCAUCACCCUCACACCUGUUGUUCUUGGAAUCCGCCCCCUUCGUGAACUGGUGUUUAACUACCGUGGUGUAUUCCAUGCAUUAUCUCUUAUCGGUGUUGCUUCAUUCUGGGCUGUUGAUCCCGCUUUGCGUUUGAUUUUGACUGCCUCAGGAUUGGGCAUCAGUCUGACUACCUGGUCCGCUACCUGGAUUGAGCUGCGUAACCAGAAUGGAACUUUGGAAAGAUCAGUGCUCUUGUGGGGUGUUGGAUUACUGGUACACAAUGUAGUAAAAAUGGCCUGGUGGACAGAGAACCCUAUUUGGCCCAUCAUGAAUGAAGCAAAUGGCGGUUAUAAUGUUACCGGUAUCGUCCUUGGUCUUAUCGCUGCAUUUUUUACCACAAAUUCUGUAAAUGAAACCCGUGGAAUUAGCGCCCCACCAGCUGUUAUUAAGGGGUGGUACUUUGCCUCGGCUGGAUUUGGAGCUGUUCUUUUCGCCCUCCACUCAAUGUAUACAGAUUCUUCUGCCAUUAUGCGUUGGUCUGUUGGUGGUUACCCUAGUUACGGUCCGGAACCAGUACCCUGGGGUGUUGUCACAAUUGCUUCCCUUGCACUCGGUCUUUGGUUAUCUACUUCCAAUCGCUAUAUGACUAGUAUGUGGUGGUAUAUAAUUGGCUGUGUCGGUUGCGCUACAUUCUAUGCUUUCCAGGGCUGGCCAGCAUAUUAUGGUGGUCUUCUCCAAGGUCUUUAUUUAAUGAGUGUUAUGCCAUCUCUUGUACGCGGAAUCACUGUCCAUCCUCCUUUCAAGACCUUGUUUACUUCUUUCUUUAUUUAUAACCUGCUAUGCCUUGCACAUGUGUGGGUGGUUGCCUACGCAUUUGUUCCAGGGGGUGUUUAUCUUCGCGAACGUUCUGACUUGGUUUUGGCCGCUACUAUGAUCCUUGUUGGUCUUGGUGUAUUCCAUUCCAACCAGCAUAACGCACUUGAUCCCACUUACAGAAAGUCUACACAGUUCCACUUCCUCAAGCAUACCCGUUCUCUUCUUCGUCUCUCUCUCGUUAGUGUUGUACUUGUGUCGAUAUUGGUUGCCACCAACCGCUUUAUUCGCGCUGCCGUUCCUGCACCUUUCACAACUUCCCAAAAAUCUUUUACUGCCGGUAUUUGGACUAUUCAUUUUGCUUUGGACAAUGAUAUGUGGGCCAGUGAGAUGAGAAUGAGAGAUGCUAUUCGUGAUUUGGAGCUGGAUGUCGUUGGUCUUUUGGAGUCAGAUACUAUGCGUAUUAUUAUGGGUAACCGUGAUUGGGCCCAGUACAUUGCAGAAGACCUUGGUUACUAUAUUGACUACGGACCGUCCACCAUGGAGCACACCUGGGGUUGUCUGAUGCUUUCCAAGUUCCCAAUCCUCCGCUCUUCCCAUCAUCUUUUGCCUUCUCCAGUGGGUGAAUUGGCUUGUGCUAUUCAUGCUACGCUGGAUGUGUAUGGUCAACCCGUUGAUUUCAUUGUCAGUCACAAUGGACAAGAAGAAGACCCCGAGGACAGACGUUUGCAAACCACAGAACUCGCACGGAUCAUGCGCACCAGUCCUAACCCAUUCGUGUUCCUUGGUUAUGUCGUCACUAAACCCCAGCAGCCACUCUAUCACCUCUUGUUUGAUGGUGGUGACAUGAAUGACAUUGAUCCCACAGAUUGGGACCGCUGGUGCCAAUACAUUGGUUAUCGCGGUCUUCGUCGUGUAGGUUAUGCGCGCAUCAGUCACGGACACAUCACCGACACAGAGAUCCAGUCUGGUAAAUUCCAGAUUGUAGAUAAUCCAAAGGAUUACUGGAAGGCUUCUUAUGAACGUCUGGACGAGUCUACUAUUGUACCAGAAUUGCGCUACCCAAGUAUUUUCCGUGGCAAUGGCAUUCGUGGACAUCGAUUCCACGUGUUUGAUGAGCCUCGUUACUUUGUUCACUAGAAUCCAUAUUUCACAUCCACUUUAGAUGCUUUCGUUCGUUCGUUCGUUCUUUCUUUCCUUCUUUCUUUAAUCUUCUUAUUCUAUUAUAUUCUUUAUUUCUAUUUUUAUUUUCCUCGUCUCCUUUUACGUUUUCUAUACUAUGGUAGAACCACCAGUAACUCAUUAUACAUUUGCUUUGCACCCACGCAAUCGGGCAAUUGUGAAUAUUCUUAAUAAAAAUACGGGGAAACUCUGUUUUAUAAAAGUC